UCGUGUGGCUUUGUGGUCCUUGGCCGCUGGAGGCGCUGCUGGAGGUGAACUCGCCGUGCCCGGUGGCUUUCGACCGAUCUCUAUGGAGGCAUCAGCUUCCCGAACACCUGGGCGCAUCCCAAAGGCCUUCAAGACAGGCCUCAGUGAUCAAAGACAGGUCCUAUGGAGUGGUUUGGACCCAACGUCCUGUGGUUGGCCUGGGCGAUGUCUCGUUUCUUCCGGCUCUUCUACGGACCGAAGGGCCUUAAGCACGCGGCAUCCGCGUUGAGGCCAUUUGGAGGUCGAGGCUGAAGGCUCCGUGGAGGACCGGGCAUUUCGCGACUCGAACGGAGCGAUCGGACGCCUUGAACGUGGAGAGCUGGAGAAUGAGACCGCAGACAGUGAGGUGCAGGUGGUGCCUGCUCAGCCUAGGCCCAACAGGCCUGAAGUAGAUGAGCGGCAGGCCAGCACUGACAGCAUCGACCUCGAGCACACGCGCACUGCCAUGGCGAUGUUCGCGCAAAGGCCCAUCUGGGCGAGGUCGACCUGGCGCUAUCCCACCGUGACAGGCGAGGUGCCCCGCUACAUGCAGAGGGCCUUUCGUUUGAAGACCUUUGGCCUGAUCACGCUCCAGCUCCUUCUGAUCCUCCUUCUCGCGGUGCCCUUGCGGAUGAGUGGCUUCGCCGAGCACAUCCCAGAGCCCGAGGGCAUGGAGAACUUUUUCCACCAGGGCAUCGUCUACAUGUUCGGCGUGGUGAAUCUCGUUGCCUUGCUGCUCUUGAACUGCUACAAGGACCGGUACCCUGCGAACUACGCGCUUUGGGCCUUCAGUGUGCUCACCUCGGGCGUUUUCUGGGCAGUGGCGUACACCAAGAACUUCAUGACAAUGGUGCAGUUUGAGAUCUUGGGAAUUCUCUUGAUCACCAUGGUCAUGGCCAUGGUGAUUUCCAGAGUUUUAUCCAACAUGGAGAGGAAGUUCUCUGGAUCCCAGGUCCUGGCUUUGUCCUUCCUUCCUGGAUGGUUUCUAGCCUGUCUUGCCUUGGCUCUGCAGGCCUUUGUGCGUUCGGAGCAGGCGCCCCUGGAGAUGAUUAGCGCGAUCUGCGUCUCAGCAGUAUUGCUUGGGAUCCUCUUUCUGGACGCGGGGAAGUUGAUGGUGCGGUGUGAUCCGGAUGACUUUAUGCGUGUGGUCAUCUCCAUGAAUGCCACAAUCAUGGUGGUAGUCAGUAUCCCCUUCUUCUUCUUAGCCUUCUGCAUGUUGCGCUUGGAUCAGCAGCAGGACGAGCUGCCCGCGGCUCCCACCACCUUAGCCGACCCACCCGAGCUGACCAACCGCGUGGGCGCGGCGGAACUCCGCGUCGCGGGCUACUGAGGAUCGAGGGCGGACCGAGUCCGGUGAUGGUGAUGGAUGUUUUGGAGGUGGAUCAUGGUUGAUCCAGGUGGUUUUGUUGCGA